AGUUUCAGAGGCAAAGACUAAAAAAAGACCCUUGUGAAGUGAGCUCAAAAUGACAGAUCCUCUAAAAGUCCUCAGCUUCAUCUUUUGGUUGUUUUCCUUCUAUAAUGAGCAGGAUCAAGGGAAACUUACAUUAACGCUGAAGCCACCAAUUGUGAGAGAAUUAUUUGUCAAUAAUAAAGUUGUCUUGGAAGCUGUUGUUUCUGGUGCUUUAAACUGGACAGUGCAAGAAGCUUCAGUGUUGUGCAAAGUGAAGAAUACCCCUGUAAGCAGUGAAACAGGAAAUAUCCACUUUUCUCAAGACAUUUCACAGUUUACAAGAAUCCACAAAAUCACCGUUGAUUCAAAGGCAUGGUUUGAUGGGGAAAUGGUCACGUGCAGUCUUCAUGACACGAAUAAUAACAGAGACAUCAGGAAGGAGAUUCAUUUUGAUAAAGGAGACGGGCAGAAACCCAGUGUUGUCAUUUAUAGACCUGAUAGCAGCAUUAACGCAGACACAGUCUCUCUGGUGUGUGAGGUCACCGGCUCUAAACUUGGCGAUGUCAAUAUCAUGUGGAAAGUGGGAGAGGAGCCUUACAUAGUGGGAUCAACCAGCGCUCAUAUCCACCAAAAGAACUCAAUGUCUGUUCUAAGUCUUCUGACAGUGUCGAAACAAGAGUAUGACGAUCUCCAAACCCCCUUCACCUGCGCAGUCAAACACGCCAACACGGACUAUAUAGGAUCCCCAUUAGAAGUUACAAUGACGAAAAGUAAACAGCCAGAAUGUCCAGUUUGUGUACAUGAUUAUAAUUGAACAAGCAACUCUCCCAAAAGAUCAUGAUGUCUAUCUGUUGUUCACUUGUGCGUUCUCCAGUGCUUCUGUCCUGUUGUUGUCUGCUCAGACCAUAAAUCUUAUUUUGUGCAAUUUUCUGCAUCAUUGUUCUUCAAGGGUCAAACAUCAAAGCCAAAUUACAGUCAAAUUAAUAAUUUGUCAUUGCAUGCGAAUAAAUAUGCUCACAUGAAAACAUAGUAAGCAUAAAAUCAUAGUGUGAAAUAUCAUUGAUUUUAAAGAGAAGAAAAUGAUUGUGAUUCUGUUAUUCAUGCCCUUCAACAUUUUCACAUUCUGUUAACUAAAAAUUUUGAUUUCAAAUCCAGAACAACUCAUUUUUGAUUUGAUUGUGUUGUUUAUUAAGCAAUAAAUAUUUGUGCUUACAUGCUUUA